AAUUUUAUAGUUUCGUGCCGUCAACCGUCAUUGUAAACCGUACUAGUGAGUUUCGUCGUGUAAUCCAUAUAAUGAUCCUUGUUUAAUAAUCUAGAAAAACAAUUCACGUUGACAAACACAAAAUAUAGGAUCAUUUUUGUUGAUGUGAAACAAUUACAUCAGUGAAGUGCGCGAUUUGACCUCAGGACGACGACGAAACCAAGGAAAACGAGUUUCACCUGAAGGAAUAAGAAACUCGAAUAACAAGGUUUUGUGUAGUGUGUGCUUUUCUAAAUUUCCACAGAUUGCAAAAAAAAAGAAACGAAUAAAAUAGAGAUUAAAAAAUUAUUCACAAUCAAAAAAAAAAGUCUUCGAGACACAAGUAGUCGACUGUAGUCUAAACUGCUGAAAUCGAGACGGAAGGAGACACAGAAGGGAGAUCCGGUAAGAGGGUGGGCGACCGAGGAAGCGGGGCCAGCGGCCUCCGGACGAGAAACAGUGAUCACUACACGACUUGUAUAAAGCUUAUAGAGUAGGAAAGAUAGAAAAAGACAGCUGCAUUCAAUGAGAUGAGCCAAGAAGUUUAAACAGUGCCAAGUGUAAACAUUAACGUGUGUGUGCAUGUAUGUGUUUAUUAUUAUUUAAAAGAGAAAAGUUCUUACGUGAAAAAUUAUUCAUUAUUUAAGUGUUCGUGAAAAUAUAAUCCCCCCCUGCUUAGGGAAAACAACUGGUCAAGAAAAAUUAAUUUCAAUUUUCCCAAUAAAAAAAAAAAGUGUGACGAUUAUUUGUGUUGACCUGACAAUAGGUGGUGGACGCCUCUAAGAAGGCGCGGUGUGCAAACCAACGGUACGUGGCGAAACACCACGAAUUCGUGCGAAUCAAGGAAGAGAGAGUUCCUGGUUCUGUUUUGGAAUUUAUUCGACAUGCCUCACUUACACCAAUGACAACCCUGAGGAAAAAAGUGUCAAGGUGCAAGCUGGAAUUUCAAGUCUAGCCGAAAAGCGCAAUGCAUCGGAGAGUGGGACAUAGCAACUAUGAUGGCAAAAUCGCGGGACUUUACGAUCUCGAGGAAACUCUUGGACGAGGUCAUUUCGCCGUUGUCAAGUUGGCUCGACAUGUUUUCACUGGUGAAAAGGUGGCCGUCAAAGUCAUCGACAAAAGUAAACUCGAUGAAGUUUCCAGAGCACAUCUUUUCCAAGAGGUGAGAUGCAUGAAGCUCGUGCAACAUCCGAACGUUGUACGACUUUACGAGGUGAUAGACACACAAACGAAGCUGUACUUGAUUCUCGAGCUUGGCGAUGGCGGGGAUCUCUAUGACUACAUCAUGCGUCAUGAGAGCGGACUCAGUGAAGAAGUUGCGAGAACAUAUUUUCGUCAGAUAGUAAGAGCGAUAUCGUACUGUCAUCGAUUACACGUGGUCCACAGGGACUUAAAACCUGAAAAUGUUGUUUUUUUCGAAAAAGUAGGAACCGUAAAACUCACGGAUUUUGGUUUUAGUAAUCGUUUUUGUCCUGGACAAAAAUUGGAAACAUCUUGUGGUUCGCUCGCUUAUUCGGCGCCUGAAAUUCUAUUGGGCGACAGUUACGAUGCACCUGCCGUUGACAUUUGGUCUCUCGGUGUCAUCCUCUACAUGCUGGUAUGUGGUCAAGCACCAUUUCAGGAGGCGAAUGACAGCGAAACACUGACCAUGAUCAUGGACUGCAAGUAUUCGAUUCCAUCGCAUGUUUCCGAAGGUUGUAAAAAGCUCAUUGCUCGAAUGCUCGUGAGAGAACCGGAAGGACGAGCAACUCUCGAGGAAAUCGCUUCUGAUCCAUGGCUGUCAAUUGGCUCCGAUGCCGAUCCCAUUGAAUCGUUACCGCUUAUUUCCCGUCAGCAAGUCUCCGAGGAGCAUCACAAUUUUAUAAUCACCAAAAUGGUCAAUGGCAAUAUUGCAACCAAAGAAGAAAUUACCGACGCCCUCGACAAGAACGAGUACAACCAUAUAACGGCCACUUAUUUUUUGUUGGCUGAGAGAAAAUUGCGAGCUCAUCGACAGGAACAAGUCCAGAAAACGCGGCCCGAGUUAUUGAACGUUUCUGGGAGCCAUCCCGAUGAUCUUUCGACUGAUGAUUUUAACGUUAAUCAGAAUUCCUUGGGUAACGUGAACCAAUCAUUACUUAGUGUACCUCGCACUCCUGGAGAUUUACCACAGAAUCUUCGCACGCGCAAAUGUAGUAUAGUACAAGAGGAAGACGAUGAGGACGACGUGUCUUCAUGCUCCGGUAGGGACGACCACGGAAGUAAUUCCACGCUGAAUUCGUUCAAUCGACGAGGAUCGCGUUCAGAGGGUAAACUUUCGCACAUAUUACAAGAGAGGUUGGCCCAGCUUCCUGAAAAGCACACUGCUCUCAAGACUGUUCAUCACGCUCACGAGACUUCGGCAUUCCGUGACGAAAGUAUUAAGUCAAAUAAAACUAAGGACAAAACAUCAGCGUUAGAUAAAAAAAUUCAUCUAGAUAGAAGUGUAAUCAGCAAUAAAAAUGUAGAAAAGUCGCCUUUGAUGAUAAAGAGUAAUCAAGUACCAAAUGUGAGUCCAAAAAAUAAGAUGAACACUGCAUUGAGUACUAAUGUCGAUAAUUCAAUGAAACGAACAAUCGAAGCACAAGAAACAAGGCCAAAAUCAAUGAACGAUAAUCCAGCGCCGCCACAAAACAAAUGGAAAAUGGGAUCUCAACAUCGGGCAUUUCUCUCGCAAGAUGAAUCGAAUUUACAAAAAUCCGAUAAUAUAAAUCAGGAGACAAUGACCACGAUACUCACUGAGUCAUCGACAGUACCCUCACCACUUCGCACCAUAACUUCAAUAGCCGAUAAUCAAGUUCUCUCACCAAAAUACAAAACAAUGCCUUCUCCAAUGAAUACGAAAAUCAAUACCAAAAGUAAUAGCCAAUCGCAAAUUACGCUCAAGGAAAUACUCGAGGACGGUGACGCUGUCACGACAACAGGAACAACUAAUUUAGAUAGUAGCUCCUCGAAAUCGCGUGUUGUCAGAAAAACGGGCUACGAACAAAGGAGGAGUAAAUUUCACAAGACAAGAACAACUUCGUGUUCGAGUUCAGAUGCAAGUGACGAUGACAGUGAGAGCAGGAAGAAACGUGCGCAGAAAUUGAGUGGCUCUGGAAAGCCAUUACCGCCUAGGCGCGAUAGUCACGAUGAUUCGAGUGAUUCUCAAGAUCCGGGUGGAAGUGGAGGAAGUGGUGGUGGUGGAGGCGGCGGUGGCGGUGGUUUGGGAAAUGGAGAACGUACACGUGAAACACCAUCCACGGAACCGACUGGCAAUGAUAAUAACGGUGGGAGGGGAAAUACAACGACGACGACGACGACAACUUCGACAACAAGUGGAACGCAUCGUUGCUCGGAAAAUCAGGGAACUGUCUUUGGCCGGAGGCAUCGAGCUGGUCGGCGAAGAGCCGGUGAGACACGACUGCGGGAAAGUCAAUCACUCAAUCGUAUCACGGAAGUUCAGGAAGCCGAGGGUCCUUAUCAAAAUCACAGUCACUCACACACUCCAAGGAAUGUUGCAUUCACGCAAAAUGUUGUCACCACUCCUCCACGUAUCGUGACAAUGUCGCCGCCGACAAUUCCACAGACAGUCACCACUGUUCAGAAGGCAAAAUACUUUGGUGCGAGACUCUUGCAGGGCUGGUCUUUGGGGAAUAAUAAAUCGUCCUCGGAAAAAAUGACAGGAAUUUCAGUUAACAAAAGUGAGAAACAUCAGGAGAAACGAGAGACAACUGCAAAAGAGGAAGUUGAUUGCAAUAAAGAGAAACGCUACGAGCGAAACGGAAACGUUCCACAGUUGCCCAUUGAUCGUGGAACAUCGAUGAACAAACCAGAUUGCAAAAGUAAACGAAUGAAACUACUCAGUCGUUAUUUUGCAGUGCACAAAAAGCUCUGCGUCCCACUACCAGGACUAUUCAAUAAAGGAAGACUCUACAAAGCCAGAUCAUGCGGUAGCAUUACACGUGACAAGGUAAAUCCACCAUCGCCAAAAUCGAUGCUUCUUUGUACAACAGUUGACGAUAAAUGGAAGGAGCAACAAAGACAAUGGUUCGAAGCCAGAAAUCAACAUCGUGGCAGCGAUGGUGACAUUAAUCAGAAUUUAGGACUCUCACAACUCGUACAAGAUAGAAUUGUCGGUAAAAGUUGUGCAGGAAUUCCCACCGUAUGUCACAUUCAUUUAAGUGAUGCUUCCAAGUGCUGUAGUCUCUGUUAGUCAGCAAAAAAAAAUUAAUUUUCACUUGCCAUAGAGACUGUUUGUUAAAAAAAAAGAAACCUUCGUCAAGAAAAAGUGAAAAUUCUCCUAUAUAAUAGUUUUCAAUCGUAUAUAUAUAAAUUCGCUCCAUGACAUGGAAAGGAUAGCGAAAAAAAAUUAUUAAGCCUCGAAUUUAAUUUAGGGUUAAAAAACGGUUAAACGAUUCGUUUAAACUUAGACGAUCGGAACAAUUGACUGAAUCAUUUUACAUUUCUUUUUGGAAAUUUUUUCUAUUUUUUCUUUUUUUUCGAAUUGAAGAGCGAUCUUUUUUUGAUUGCUUAUUUUUUCUUCUCUUUUUCUAUUACACUGGACACAAACUACAGAGUUUUUUCUGGCAUUAUUAUGAUAGUAUUUAUAAACUAUUAUGUCAGACAUACGUUGAUUUAUUUAUUUCUUCGUAAUAGUCGAAGGAAAAAUGGUAAUAUGCUUGUUUCGGUGUACCGUUUGUCACGAUCGCUCCGUGGGAGAUGUAUCUAGUCCGUGUGAACAAACCUGUAUUAAAUGUUGCAGAGUUUAUUAUUAUUAUUAUUAUUAAUUAUUAAUAAUAUGAUUAAUUAGAUGCAGAAGUAGGAAUAUAUUAUAUAUAUUAUUUUAUUAUAUUUUUUUUAUUAUCUACACGUCAAGAAGAUAUUAUCAAGUCCAUUGUUUCGUGAGAAAAAAAUUCACUGUUAAAAAAAGAAAAUACUUUUUCAGUUUUCUUUUUUUUUUCUUUUCCAAAAAAAAAAUUAUUAUACAAGAUCUCAAUUUUUAAAAACUAUUGGCAAAAUUUUGUUUUUAGUUUUUAUUUUACUUCCCGUUCGUAGGAAAAAGAAUCGUCCACAACAUUUUUCACGCUUCAAAUCCCCGUGCCUUGAAAUAUUCCUCUUGCUCUUAUCUUUUUUUUCAAAAACGGCGAUGACACCCUGAAAGGACAUAUAAUGUAAAUGUGUCAAAAACCGUCUAAUUUUCUCAACAAAAAAAAAAAUGUCUUUGCUCGAAAAUCCAAAAAGAAAAUAAGAAAAAAAAAUCCUGCAAGUGCAAGUCUUGAAAAAAGUAGUUGUAAAAAUAAUUAAGAAAAAAAAAAGAUUGUACGCCGGCCAAGGGAAAAGAAAUAAUAUUUAACAAUUAAAAGAAAGAGAAAGCACGCUGGUGCGCGCAUAACGACAAAAAGAGAAUUAGCAAUUAUAUCGUAUUUGAUAAUUAUGAUAACUGUUCACAUUUGCUCGGUAAAUCUUCACUGGUGACGAGUACUUUUCCCGUUUAUAGUCUAUUAUUAUUAUCAAACUUACAAAAAUGACUGAAGAUAUAUUUAUUAAUUAUUGAUAUUUGUAAUUUAUACGACUCGAGUUAAAUGAACGAUAUAUUUGAAUCUCAAGAGAAUUUUUUUAUCUAUUUUUAAACACACUUUUCUUUCUCAUUAAAUUCUCAAUUGCAAUGAAAUUGAAUUUAAAGAGUAAUUAAAAUUCUUUUUAAAUACUGAAGAUAAUUUAAUAAUAGUUUAAUAAUAAUUAAAUAAUUUAAUAAUAAUUAUUUAAUUUAAUUAUUUAAUUUAAUUAUUUAAUUAUCUAAUCGAAUUAUUAAAUUAUCGAGAAAUUUGUUGAUAUUUUUCGCUCAUUAUUAUCGAAGCGAUUUUGUUGUUUCUGUAAACCACCAGUGGAGGUUUAAUCCUCAUGAAAAAAAAUAAACUAAUGCCAUCAUCGUUGUUACCUGAUAAAAAUAUAAUUUUCUUCAUUUUUCGUUAUUGUACAUCUCUCCUGAGAAAAUUUAAAAAAAUAUAUUUGUAGAAUAUUUAA